AUGAAGAAGACGAUCAAUUAUUACGAAGUUGAACCUACGGUCAGGGAAGCGCUGGGCGAGUACAACUGGCGGUGGCUGUUGGGUGACAGCAUUGCUGGUUUGACUGUUGGGCUGGUUGUUAUUCCUCAAGCCAUGGCGUACGCCCUUCUUGCCACACUGCCACCAGACUUUGGGCUGUAUACUUCUUUUGCUGGUGCGGCAACGUAUUGGUUGUUUGGGACAUCGAAAGACAUUGUCAUUGGAACCACCGCCGUCGGUUCCCUUCUCGUCGGAGAAGUCAUCUCCCGUGUCCACGAAUCGCGACCAGAUACAUACACAAGCGCCGAGAUCGCUGGAACUUUGUCGUUCAUGACUGGCAUCAUCCUCUUUGCACUGGGUCUGUUUCGUCUUGGAUGGCUCGUUGAAGUCAUUCCCUACAUCCCAGUAUCAGCCUUCAUCACAGCAGCCAGCAUCUCCAUUAUGUGUACUCAGCUCCCUGUACUGCUAGGCAUCCACGGCGUCAAUACACGCGAAGAGCCUUAUAAAGUGUUCAUAUCGACUAUGAAGAACCUGGGCGGCACCAAACUGGACGCUGCUAUCGGUAUCACUUGUCUUGUUCUGCUCGAGCUGGCCAAGUUUGUCUUUGCCAAGCUGGAAGCUCGUCAACCUGCGCGAAAGAAGAUGUGGUCGAUCAUGUCUUCCCUGCGCCUCACCUUCGCCAUGCUACUAUACACACUCGUGAGCUUCCUGGUCAAUCGCAACUUGAAGGAAGAUGAGACCAAGUUCCGAAUUGUGGGACAUAUCAACCAAGGCUUCGUCCACGCUGGUCUUCCGGAUUUAAAGCCUGAUCUCAUUGGCGUCGUUCUUCCUCAAAGCCCCAUCAUCAUUAUCAUCCUCAUCGUUGAGCAUAUCGCCAUCGCCAAAAGCUUUGGAAAGAAGCACGGAUACGAGGUUGCCCCAUCGCAAGAGAUCAUGGCUCAAGGUACAGCAAAUAUCAUCGGGCCAUUUCUGGGUGGUUACUCAUGCACGGGGUCAUUUGGCGCUUCGGCUGUUCUGUCGAAAGCUGGUGUCAAGACACCCAUGGCUGGUCUUUUCAGUGCCUUCAUGCUACUUCUUGCGCUUUACGCUCUCACGGGAGUGUUUUACUUCAUUCCUCGAGCCGCUUUGGCUGGCCUGAUUAUCCAUGCUGUUUCGAACCUCGUUGCUUCUCCGUCUACAGUAAUGAAGUAUUGGCGACUUUCACCUUUCGAGUUCUUCAUCUGGGUUGCUGGUGUUAUUAUCGCAUUGUUCACCGGUCUUGAGACGGGCAUCUAUGUCACCACUGGCCUCUCAUUCCUACUUCUACUUGUUCGCAUUGCUCGCACCAGCGGCGAGUUCCUUGGCCGAGUCACUGUUGAGCAGAUCGAUCCAAGCGAUGAUGCGCAAUCGCCGUUCUCAAAUACCCGUGAGAGAGUCGUAUCCCGCGACAUUUACUUGAGCCUUGCUCGCAAAGACGCGUCAAAUAAGGACAUCCCAGUGGAAAGCCCUCACCCAGGCAUCCUGAUCUACCAUUUCCCCGAAGGCCUCAAUUAUCUCAACCAAGCAAUGCACUUCAAGACAUUGACAGAUUACGUGUACGCUCACACAAAACGGGCCACCGAGGAGCCGGAGUGCGACAUGUCGGAGGCUCUGUGGUGUGACAAGCCUGUCGUGUACAAAGGCGACACAGAACUGCCCGUGUUACGAGCAAUCGUGAUCGACUGUUCAACAAUUCACAAUAUUGACAUUACCAGUGUUCAGGGCUUGGUUGAUGUGAGAAAUGCGCUAGAUCGAUGGGCGAGCCCAUACUCAAUUCAAUGGCAUUUUGGCGGACUGCGAAAUAGAUGGGCGAGGCGAGCUUUGACAGCUGUUGGCUUCGACCAGAGUGCGACAGAGAAUGGACAUUCAAUUGGAAGUUGGACUUCAAUUCUACCAUUGGCAAGAUCAUUUGACGAAGAGAACGAAAAUAGAAGACGACAGAGCAGCAUAGACGACGAAAGCAUAAUCGGCACACAAACAAGCACAGAAAUCGAAGCGUCAUCAUCUGCUACACCAGCAGAAAAACAAGGCCUCAGACCGGUUUUCCCAACCGACAGGCCCUUCUUCCACGCCGAUCUUGACGAAGCGGUGACGGCAGCGUUGGCCAAUGCAAGGAGGAGCGAGUGCCGUCCAGGAAGCGAGACGGAAACAGAAAAUGACUGA